AUGCCUCUUGUAAAAGAUGCUUUCACUAAGGUCAUAAACAAUAUUGAACAUUUUAGUGAAAUAAUUGGGAUGAAAAUCAAAAAUAAUAAUAAGAAAAUUCGUUGUGCUGCUGCUGGUCAUACUUGGAGUAGCCUUAGCAUUCAAUAUAAUAAAAAAUUGAAAACUUGGACGGUCACCACCGAAGCUGGCGUAUAUCUUAAAGAUAUUGAUGAUAAGUUAAGGAAACAUAAUCCUCCAAUAACAUAUGAUUCUUCGCUUGUAUUGAACACUGUGACAACCUCUGGCAUUAUAUCAACUGAUGUCUCAGAAAAGGUAAUCUCUUUUCAAAUUGUAACAUCUGAUGGUGAACUUCAUGAGUUUUCUGAUGAGAUAGACCCUGUUGAAAUGAGUGCUGCUAGAAUCAGUCUUGGUAAAAUUUGUGAACAUGUGCCUGGUAUUAUUCCACAUAUGCGUAACAUUAUUGGAAACCGUCUAGAUGAGUUUGAAAAA